AUGACGCUGAUUUUGCCAAGACGCCGGAGGCGUAGGGGCCAGCCCGCGCCCGCCCAGGAACUGCCCACGAGGGACUCCGCGCUCCUCGACGCGGGCCCCACCCGCGAGCGAGAGCGGCUUGUGCAAGGCUUCCGCCAGCUGGACGCCGGCUGUACUGGCUCGGUGCCCCGGCCCGUCUUCGAGCACGUCGCGCGGGCAGUCUGCGAGGUAAAUCCGACCUGGCUGCAGGCGUUGGAGCGCGUGCUGGCGCGAACAGAG